AUGGCGAAUCUUUACCCUUUCGAAAUAAAAGACAUCGAGCCGGAGACGAAUAAAAAGAUGAUGAAGUACUUUUCAGGGGAACGUGGCGGUUUCAUCAAAAUUGGACCAAAAGGUUACGUUUUAACCAAAGCCUUCAAAGACAUGGCGGAGAUCAUUUACAACAUGGAAGUCAGACCCGACGAUGUCUACGUUGUAACUUACGCGCGUUCUGGUACAACAUGGACACAAGAACUAGUUUGGAUGGUCGCUAACAAUUUAGACUACGAGACAGCAAAAAAAGUUCAACUAACCGAAAGAUUUCCAUUUUUAGAACAUACAAUGAUGAUCCACCCAACUUUAAUCGAAGAAAUCAAAGAGAUGAACAAAGGAGACGAAGAAAAGGUUAAGAUAGUCGAUCUAUUUUCGAAGCCAGCGUAUGAAAUACUGAAUGCUGCGCCGUCGCCUCGAUUCAUUAAAUCACACCUUCCCUUAUCGUUAUUAUCACCAAAACUCUUGGACUCCAAAGUUGUGUACGUGGCUAGAGACCCUCGUGAUGCAGCAGUAUCCUUCUUUUAUUUGUGCAAGUCGGUUAGAACUAUGGGUUUCAAUGGAGAGUUUAAAGAGUUUUGGAAGCUAUUUAUUAGCGAUUUACAUUAUUGGACACCAUUCUUCGAACACCUGAAGGAGGCGUGGGAGAAGAGGCAUCACCCGAACCUGAUAUUUUUGUUUUAUGAAGACUUGAAAAAGGAUCUUAACGGCGUAGUGCGUACCGUUGCUGAUUUCCUCGGCAAGAAAUACAAUGAUGAAGAAAUAGCUACUCUCUGCGACCACCUGGACAUCAAGAACUUCAAGUACAAUAAAUCGGUUAAUAACGACAUUAUGAAAGACCUGGGCUUCAUGUAUCCAAAGGAAGAGUUUAUUAGAAAAGGAAAUACCGGCGGUUGGCGCGACUACUUCGACGAAGAGAUGACGGUAGAAGCGGAUAAAUGGAUUGCUGAUAACCUACGAGAUACAGAUCUUCGGUUUCCAAGCAUGCAAUAG